AUGGCCGACGUUCUGAAUAUACCUAACCUUUUUGAUGUCAGAGGCCGGGUGGCACUAGUCACCGGAGGAAGCAGUGGAAUAGGGCUCAUGGUCGCAAAGUCUCUGGUCCAAAAUGGCGUAAAGGUCUACAUAACGGCAUUACCAUCUGAUCCCAUUCAAGAAACCGUACAGAAUCUGAACGAGAUAGGCAAGUCAUCAAGGGGUAGCGCAGAAGGCUUCUCCUCAGAUGUUUCUAGCAAAGAUAGCAUUGCGGAUAUAGCAGAGUACAUCAAGUCCCGGGAAACCCAUCUUGACAUCCUAAUAUCAAACGCGGGAGUCAGACACGAUCCACCAAAGCCUUGCAACCCGUUGACAGCAUCGCUGGAAGAGCUUCAAGCUUCCCUAUGGUCCUCAAGCCACACUGACUGGGAUGCCACAUUCCGUAUCAAUACUACUGCCCAUUACUUCCUCAGUGUAGCACUGUUACCGCUUCUUGUAGCGGCCGCGGAAUUCGAUCUUCCCGUUGGACUCAAGGGGAAGGAUGUGGGAAGAGGCGUCAUCGUAAUCACCAGCAGCUGUGCCAGCAUGCACAACUGCACCAACAUCGACCUGACUAGUUACGCGGCCUCUAAAGCAGCAACUGAUCAUUUAGUAGCCUUGCUGGCUAGUAAAUUUGCCCGGUGGUACGUCAGAGUGAACUCGAUCAACCCAGGGUUCGUGCCAAGUAACAUGAAUCCCAUCGGUGCAGAGGGGAACAUGUUCGCUGCCCUUUUUGAUAAAGUUCCGGCAAAAAGAGCAGGGAAAGCGGAGGACAUCGCAGGAACAGUUCUUUAUUUAUGCAGUCAAGCAGGAGCAUAUGUUGAUGGUCGCUGCUUGUGCGUUGAUGGAGGCCGAGUCUUGCUCGCCAAUGGCCAGGAGUAG